UGCCGCCUCGCCCUCCUUCCCCAGCCAGCCAUGGAUUUCCACAAUAUUCUCGUCAUGGCCUCGGAGCAGCAGGGACUGAACUCGGUGCCGGUGAGCUCGCGGGGGCCCUCACAGCUCCCGGGGUGACUGCGGCCCCGAGCAGACGCUUCCCGGCGCUGGGCCCGGUCUCACAGGGCCCGGUAGGGGUUUGCUCGGGCCUCUGCCCCGCGCCCCGGCCCGCGGAAGCCGUGUCCGGGCCUGGCUGGUGCCGGUGGAGCCUGCCCCGCCGCCCCGAGGCCCGGCCCGCCCGGGGGUGCGUGAGGGCAGGGGCCGGAGAAGCUUCGGUGUGCUGGGGGAGAAGCUGGGGAGAAACCCAGAGCCGAACCCGAACCCUGCCAGCGGGUCCGGGAGUGCUGGGAGCUGCGAAGGGGCAGGCGGGGACUGCGCUUUCUUGUCGCCGAAAGUACCGAGUUGUGAGAGCGAAACCCCGGUGCGAGGGGAAGGCGGUGGUUGCGAUUAAAAGUCGGAUAAGGCUCAGUUUGCUCUGGAGACAGAAGUCUGCCACGUCUCAAAUGCGAGUCGGAGACAAAAGAGUGACAACUUGUGUGUGAAUGUGCUGCCUGUCCCGGUGCCUUUGUAUCCAGUGCUGAGGAAUCGCGGCAGCUGUGUGGGGAUGUUGGGCGAAGGGCGUUUUAUUGUUAAUAUUAUCCGGAAGAAAAGGUACAGUUUGGCUGUUGGUCCUCCCAAAAAGGUUCCAAAAGUCAAGGGUGUAGAGUCUGCAGCAGUGCAAGCAUUUCUCAGACGGCAAGAAGAAGAAAAAAGGAAAAAAGCACUGGAAGAAAGAAGAAAGAAAGAAGAACUCUUGGCUAAGCGUAUUGAACUGAAACAUGACAGAAAGGCAAGAGCUAUGGCCUCACGAACAAAGGAUAAUUUUUAUGGCUAUAAUGGCAUUCCUGUUGAAGAGAAGCCUAAAAAAAGGAGGACUUGUGAGAAUGCUGCCCAGGCUCCAGAGGCUGAGUAUACAACAGAAGAUGAAACCGAGCAACUUGAGUACAGUCAGACUGAAUCUGAGCAUGAGCAAGAAGAAUAUGAAGAGAAACCAUCCAAGUUUUCAGGGAAACCAAAGGCACCUCCCAAAAGUGCACCAGCACCUCUGAACUUUGCAGAGCUCUUAAGGCUAGCUGAAAAAAAGCAGUAUGAACCAGUAGAAAUAAAAGCAGUGAAAAAGGUAGAAGAGAGACCCAGAACAGCAGAAGAGUUGAGAGAGAGGGAGUACUUGGAACGCAAGAACAAAAGAAUAGAAAUACAUAAGAAAAAUGAAAAGGAGAUAAAGAAUACAGGGGUGUCUGGUUCUUCAAAAAAAGUAAUUUCUCAGAAAGAAUCUGUAAAUGCAAAACUUAAAAGCUCAUUAGAUAAACAUUCCAUGCCAAAAGGCAGUCUGUCCUCUUCUAUGAGUGGUACUGAUAAGAAAUGCAAAGCACCAGCACUGACUGAGAAACACUCACGGUCCUCAUCUUCCUCCAGACUUGAGCAAAUGGAGAAAACCUCACAAAAUGGCUCCCUGAAAAGCUCUGCUGGUAGCAGUCAUGCCAAGUUCCCUGUCAAUGGUACUGGAAAGCCUGGCUCAAGCUCUCAUGUGCCACCCUCAAAACCAGCAGCCAACGGGGCUCAGAGGCCAGCAGCUGCUAAAGAAUCUGGCCUGAAAAAGUCUUCCCAUACAAAAUCAGGAAAUGCUGCUGCCCUUCAGCAUGGAAUCAGCUCCAAUGCAAAACGAUCGGGCAGCAGCUUAGGAAAAGGAGGACCUGGACAUCCAGGUGGUGGUCCAAGUGCAGGACCUGGGCGAUCAAGCGUCGGUUCUGGUGUAGGACCUGGAAGGCCAGAAAGUGGCCUAAGCCCAGGACCCAGGCGAGUGGGCAGUGGCUCAGCCCCAGGACCUGGAAGGCCAGGGAGCAACUCCAACACAGGACCUGGGCGACUGGGCAGUGGCUCAGGCAUGGGACCUGGAAGGCCAGGGAGCAGCUCCAGCACAGGACCUGGAAGGCCAGGGAGCAGCUCAGCCAUGGGAGUUGGACGAGCAAGCGGCGGCCUGGGGGGCACUGGGCCAGGAAGGCCAAACAGCAGCACAACCACAGGAGCUGGGAGACCAGGCAGCAGCACGGGUACAGGACCAGGAAGGCCAGGAGUCAGACCAAGCACUGGACCUGGGCGACCAGGCAGCAGCUUGGGAACAGGACUGGGAAGGCCAGGAAUCAGUCCAAGCACAGCAGCCAAGCGAGCAGGCAGCAGCUUGGGAACAGGACCGGGAAGGCCAGGAAUCAGCACGGGACCUGGGAGACCAGGCAGUGGCUUGGGUCCAGCUGUGAAACCCAAGUGCACUGUGGUGUCUGAAACUAUUUCUUCUAAAAACCUUGUCACGAGACCUAGCAAUGGACAGGUCAAUGGAGUGAGGCCUUUCCAAGGACAUAGACCUGUGUUACAUCCACAAGGUCUUGGAAGACCACCUAUUCGUUACAAGAGACAAAUAGAAGAUGAUGAUGAUGAUGAUGAUGAGUAUGACUCUGAAAUGGAUGAUUUCAUUGAAGAUGAAGGGGAACCCCAAGAAGAAAUAUCAAAACAUAUUAGGGAAAUAUUUGGCUAUGACCGGAAAAGAUACAAAGAUGAAAGUGAUUAUGCCUUACGUUAUAUGGAAAGCAGCUGGAGAGAACAACAGAAAGAAGAAGCUAGGAGCUUGAGACUUGGUGUUCAGGAAGACUUAGAAGAACUGAGACGGGAAGAAGAGGAACUGAAGCGCAAGAGGCAGUCCAAGAAGCUGAGGACUCGUUAGCUGAUUUCUGCUGUUGUCUCUGUUCAUGUUCCUGCUACCCUCUGCCUCCAUACAUCUCUUACUCUACUUCAGUUUCCAUUUGCUUGUUAAGAGGGCAAAAGAAUAUUUAAAGGGAUUAAAGUACUGAGAAACAAGGCUUUAGUUUGACCUAAAUAAGAUAUUUAUUUUUAAUACUUGCCAAGGUUGGUUUUUUAUGAAGAAAUUAAUGCACUAAUGCAUAUUAAAUGGAAUAAAUUUAAUAGAUGUUUCCAUUGAUUAAACCAGUUCAAGAUGCCAGCAGAAAUAUUGACUAGCUAUGCACUGACUUGGAACUGUGUGGGCCCAUGUACCAGUAAACUAACUUUGCAUUUGCUUGAAAGAAAAAAUAGCAUUCUUGUGCCCUGAUACUUCUUGAGACUUAGAAAAACUGCUUUAUAUCCUACUCUGUCUCCCAACUUGAGCCUGAAAGUAUUGAAAUGUCAUCUUCUAUACAGAAGCAGCUUGGGUGUAAAUUCAGCUGUUGUCACAGAUAUUCAAAGCAAUAAAUUGCUGCAUAUUUUCUGAUCUGAGGACCCAUAAAAAUAACUCAGACCUCUUUAUAUUUCUAAACAGAAAAGUGCUUGUCCUUUGCAAAUUGUAUGGAUAUGGCCAGAUGACUGUUGGCUCUUCCUGUGUCUGGAAUUCCAGUGCCAGUCUAAUUCAGUAUGAAAAACACACCCUGAAAACAGGAAUUUCUAGUGUUUGUAUGUAACUUGUGCUUUUGGGCUCAAGUAUAUGCUUGGGAAUUCUUUUCCUGCCGUGUAAAUCUUCACAUUUGUUUAACAGCUGCUGCUGCUUUUACAAAUUGUGUAUGGUGCACAUGUUUUUUCUUGCAUUAAACAUCCGAUGUGUUCAAUGAUUUAAAAUGUGAAGCAGUCAUUUAUCUAAUGAGGUUUAACUAUUUAGAAAGCACAGCAGAAUUAAGUUUUGUUAGAAUGUAUUUGCAGCUCUCCAAUAUUAAUUUAGUGUCCACUAGUUAAUACUUGUGAUUAAUUUUAUCAAACCAAAAAUCUAAAAUUUUACCUAUAGCAGGAGAGUUAGUUCAGUUAUUUACCUUAAUGCCCAUAUUUGCACAUUAUUUCUAACUAUGCACUUAAAGACUGUUUCUUUCAGUGACUGAAUUUGUUUACAAUCAGCACGAGAUUCAUCUGAGUCUACAGGAAUUGUACUGAGAGUCUGAAGCUCAAAUCUGGUGCUGCAUCUUUGAUUCCCCCAGGCUGCCCUCCAAAGUUCACUGGUAUCUCUAUCCAGCUUUGCCUCAAGCUCCAGGACUCUAUUGAUAGGACCUUUGGCUUCAGCUGCUGAGGCACAAGAGCAUGUUUAAAGCUCAAAGUACUUGGAAAAGUACAAAAGGGCUUUGGGUGUCUAGGGGAGGAAAAAGUAAAGGAAUAUGAAGGAAAGAUUUCCUUGCUAUAAAAUGACAAAGGAACCUUUCCUAUCAGGGGGCUAUUCUUAACAGUGCUGCUUCUAGGAAGUAGUUCAGGUAGAGACACGUGAGGAGCAAUCUCAAGCUGCUGAAGUUUAAACAUCUGACUCUUAAUGUAAGAAAAAACAGAUUUGCCUUUUUAAGACAUUUUCUGUCUACAGUAUAGCAUUUCACUGCCUCAGUAAAACACUGACAUGAGUAAGCUGUUGGGAUAGAUUCUAGAAACUAAUUCAGUAUUAGCUGACAGGGAGCCCAGAUGCAGAUGCCAUCAUUGCUUCUCUGGAUUUUUAACUUUAUUGACUAACAAUCCUCUUUUUCACUGUUAUGCACUUGAGAUCAUGCAAGAUGGUUGAACUUACUGCUUGUCUGAAAGUGUGUUGUAUUCACUCUGCUUCAUGGGGACCAUCUAAAAUUUUCUGUUGCAAUUCCUAAAAUUAUCUACUCAAGACAAUGCACACUGGGACCAUGAUCAAGAUACUGCUUUUUAGUGGGUUUGUGGGUUGUUUUGUUACUUUUUUAAUUCUUUCUAUCUGGAGAAAGGCUUUAAGACUCAACCCAGACAGCUGUGUCAGUUGUGAGCAACUUACUGCCUGGUUGGGGAAAAAUCUUUUUGCUCUUACAAAGCAAAAGAAAUACAUUUAUUCAAAAUAGGAUCAUUUGGGAAUUAAAUCUGCAUUUCAGAUAUAGAUUAAAUAAAACCUGGUUAUUUCAUCACUUUCUCGUUGUUUAACUGUGCAAGAUCAGUUAGAUUUCUUAAUCUGUAAAGCACUUUGUCAUUGGUCUUUUAGAUGGUGACUGGAAUGUACUCUGCUGUCUUCCCUAAGACACUGUAUAACUUUCUUCACACAGUGAUGAUUACUAACAUUUUGUCUUUCAUACAAAAAGUUACCCAAGGAUGCAUUUGUAAUCUUACAGUCAAGAAGUACUUUCUCAUAAUUGGCAUGGGAUGCUAAUGUUUUUUAAAUUUUAUACAAAUGUUUGGGUUUUAAUGUGCUUGCAUUUGCUGCAUAUUUGUAAAUCACCUAGGAAUUAACUAAAAUUUGGGGGGUUUAAUUCCUGACCUUGUAUCCAAAAACAGUUUACUGUUCACCAUGUUAAUAGUAUUAAUCUAAUGAGAGUACUUGUCCAAAGUGCAUCUGAUUUUGAGUUUAAGAAAAACUGGAAGAAUGCAUAUAUUGGUUUAUGAGGAUCUGAUGUUAAGCUUGUGACUUCAUUGUAUUUAAUGAAAUUCUGCUUUGGUUUUUAGAUUUUUAAUUCACUGUUUGACAACGUGCCUUUGUUACUAAAUUGUGUCAAAAAAUAAUGAAUGUAGGAAUAUAAAAAGGUUGGUUUGUUGGUUUCUGCUAUCUCAGAUUCUAUGUCCUUGAACUUGAGUGUGAAGUUCCAUACUUUUCAUAAAACCCUUCCAGGUCUGGCUCUGAUUGCACAAUUCCAGUAACUACUUCCAUACUGUUAAUGCUAAAUCAAAUGAAGGGCACUUUCUAUUGAAGAUUACUUUUUGAAAAUGUAUUUACACUUGAGCUGUAUUUCACUUGACAGUGAUCUCUUUUGGAGGCCAGGGUUUUGCAUAUCACAGGAAGCCUUAGUGUGCAACUCUGUGCUGUGCUUUAAAAUAAAAAUCUUUCAAGAAGUAUAUGAGAUCUUUAUGGAAAUCUGGAUUUAUUUUUGUGUAAAGCCCAAAAUAUUGUCCAGGAGAACUAACUUUCUAUUUUUUUUGCAUUUUGUAACAUAAUCUAGGAGCUGAUGCAUAUUUCUAGAUAUAGCAUAUUUCUGGUGACCAAAACAUGUCAAAGAAAAUAAAUAUAUGGAGAGACUGGUGUUUAAAUUGUGAUGAAUGUACUUCUAUUUAUUUUGGUGAGUGGGUGUGAUGCAAUAUUAAAGUUUUGCUGUGUAAAUAAGUGUGCUUCUAGUUUUACCAUUUUUUUUUCACUGGGGAUAUUGUGUGUACCAUGUCUUUUUACACAAUGUGACAAAUCAGGUUAAAAACUCAUACAUAGCUUAACUGUUUUCUGGUGCUGUCAAAGUGUAUACUUUUGCACACACCAAAUGCAUAUAAGUUUUGCUGAGUAUGUAUACAAUAAAUUACAGGCAUAAAC